AUGAAGUUUACAAGACCUGUUUAUGCUGUUUUUUUUGUCUUUCUUCUUUGUGCCUUGGCCAAAAUCGGCUUUGAAGGGAAACUGUGGAAACCCCAAGAGUUUUAUGCAGAUCAUGGUGUUGUAAUUAAGGAAGAGCAGGAGUGGAUACAUUGCAGGAAGGAAUUGAUAGAGAGGAACAAUGAUAUUAAGGACUAUGACUUGGAAAUAAAAACAAACUUAUUAGAUUGCAUUACAAGGACACAUCCUCCAACUCAUGAUUCAGAAGAGAAGGAGCAUGAUCAUGUGUCAGUGUCACAGUUUUAUUCCGAAGACAAUCGCGGUAGAUACUUGCUUGACAAGUUACCUCAGAGUGAGAGGAAACUAUCACCCAAAAAACUGCGUGUCAAGAAGAAGUUUGCCAACUCGCUUCCGCCUCAAGGGAUAACACUAAGUACCAUUUCUCCUUCUCCAAAUUCUCCACCUAUAGACUUUUAUGUGCUAUUUCCACCACCACCAGAUUCACCUCCCCCUCCUCCUCCUCCUCAAGUUGAUGAGGAGGAUAAUAGCAAACGAAAGAUACCAAUUAUCAUUGGUUCGGUUCUAUCAGGAAUAAUAAUCAUAGUAGGCAUGCUCUUAUGCUAUCGUGAGAUCAGGAAAAGCAGAAAAGUCUACAAAGAUGACAGGCCUUUAACUAUAUUAGGCUCAAGUGAUGUGUCUGGUUCAAAGAAGUCUAUUGCUUUGGGAAAUUCUAAUACCAAUGAAAAUGGUAUAAUCUAUGCAAAGAACCCUUCUAUUGUUGGGAAUGUUACCACUAGUCCUAAAGAUAACAAUGCCUCAUUGGGUAUGGGUGUUGGUGUGGGUUUGGGUUUGGGUGUGGCUGCGGGUGAGGCCUCAUCAUCAGAAAGCAAGGAACAAGUUCCAUUAGGUGCUGCUCCAGAAGGAUUAGCCCCUGAGCCGGCAGGGCCACCACCCCCACCACCUCCACCCCCUGCUGCUGCGCCUCGCCCCCCACCGGCUCCAAAAGCACCUGUUAGGCCUCCACCUGCCCCUCCUGUUAAAAUCCUUUCACGGGCUCGUCUUAGUAAUGUGGAAGAGGAUUCCGCGGAUGCUCCGAAAGCGAAACUAAAGCCAUUUUUCUGGGAUAAGGUUGCUGCAUCUCCUGAUCAAGCAAUGGUCUGGCAUGAGAUCAGAGCUGGGUCAUUCCAGUUCAAUGAACAGAAAAUCGAGUCUUUAUUUGGCUGCAACAACCCCAAUAGAAAAGAGUCACCAUCACAAGAACCUUCAUUACAGUUAAUUCAGAUUAUUGAUCCUAAGAAAGCACAGAAUUUAUCAAUUCUUUUACGUGCUUUGAAUGUGACUACAGAAGAAGUUGUUGAUGCCCUUAGAGAAGGUAGCGAGAUUCCCGUUGAGCUGAUCCAAACGUUAAUAAAGAUGGCGCCAACAACAGAUGAGGAACUGAAGCUGAGGUUAUUUGAUGGAAACAUUGCUCAACUUGGCCCUGCAGAGCGGUUUCUCAAGGUCUUAGUUGACAUUCCACUCGCUUUCCGACGUCUCGAGUCUCUACAACUCAUGCUCACUCUUCCAGAAGAGGUCUCAAGCAUCAAGGAGUGCUUUUCAACAUUAGAGGUUUCAUGUGAUAAACUAAGAAAAAGUAGGCUCUUCCUUAAACUACUAGAAGCAGUUCUCAAGACAGGAAACAGAUUGAAUGAUGGAACAUAUCGUGGCGGCGCUCAAGCCUUCAAGCUUGACACACUUUUGAAGCUUUCGGAUGUAAAAGGAACCGAUGGAAAGACAACACUUCUACACUUUGUGGUUCAGGAGAUCAUACGUUCAGAGGGAGUAAGAGCUUUGAGAACAGAGAGAGCGAGGCAGAGCAAUUCUAGUGUCAGAACAGAGGAUUCUGUUGAUGAUUCCAUUGGCCAAGAAUCAGAAGAACACUACCGAAGACUUGGCCUUAAAGUAGUUUCAGGCCUAAGCAGUGAACUUGAAGAUGUUAAAAGGGCGGCGAUUAUAGACGGCGAUGCUCUAACGGCUGCAGUGUGGAAACUUGAUCGGUUACUCAGCAAAAGUGAGGAGUUAUUGAACAAUGAUUUGAAGAGCAUAGAUGAAGACAGCAACUUCAAGCGUUCCCUUGAAAAUUUUGUGGACAAAUCAAAAGCUCAAGUGUCAUGGCUGUCUGAGGAAGAGAAGAGGAUCAUGGCUGAAGUGAAGGCUACAGCAGAUUACUUCCAUGGACAAGCAGGGAAAGAUGAAGGCUUGAGAUUGUUUGUAAUUGUUCGCGAUUUCUUGGUAAUGUUGGACACAGUAUGCAAAGAGGUGCAGUUAACAACACAGAAGCCAAUGAAGAUCUCUCAUAAGAAAGAGGCUUCAAAUUUGUCGUCGCCACCAGUAUCUCCAAAUACUCAGCAGCAGUCUCCUUCGGAUCUGCAUAGAAGACUGUUUCCGGCCAUAGCAGCGCGCAGGAUCCAUUGCUCUAGUUCAGAUGAGGAUGAGGACGAGAAAGAGGAUGAUAAUUAG